UAGAGAAAAGAUGUUUAAACAGAAAGAUGAUUGGUUGGAGAAAAAAUGAAGUGCAUUAAUGGUAGUGGCUUCUUUAAUUGCAACCAUGGCAUUUCAAGUUGGAAUCAAUCCUCCGUGUGGAGUAUGGCAGGAUAAUUAUAAGGUUAACUCACAUGGUCAUACUAUAUCAGCAUCCGAUUCUCACAAGGCUGGAGAAUCCAUUUUCAUUCAUAAUCAUCCGGAGGAUUAUAGACAGUUCUUGAUUGCUAAUACAGCAGGACUCAUUGCAUCACUCAGUAUCAUAUUAUUGUUGAUGAGUGGUUUACCUCUAAGGAGGAGAAUAUUUAUGUGGAUUUUGAUGGUGAUCACUUGGAUUGCAAUUACAGCAGUUGCAGUGACUUAUCUCUUUUCAAUAUCUGUUAUAACACCAGAGAAAGAGAGAGAAAAACAAACAAUUAUAAUUUUGAUUGGGUUAUCACUUUAUAUAUGGCUUGGCCUCAUGGUUCUGCUACUCAUUGGACACACGAUUCGAUUGCUAAUCAAGAUGGUACGAAAGUUAAUAAAAUAUUUGAGCCCGAAAGAAAGGAUUCAAGGUUCGGGAACUACAAGUCAUGGCACUGUCUAAGGUGUUGUUACAUUA